UAUUUUAUAUUGCUUGGAACCGGUAGCCCCUGGCAACACAGCAGAAAAGAAACGUUCCAAAAUUUAGCUUAACAAGAAGAACACUCCAAAUUGUUUUCCACGCUUUAUUCAGUUUAGUUUUUUUUCGGUUAGGCAUAUCCUCUUUAGCCAUGGAUGAUUUUGGUUGUUACGAUUAUAAGCAGCCGGCCAGCACCAAUGUGGCGGAUAUGCGCACCUCCACUUAUCGCGGCCAUCGCCUUAUCACAGAUCUACGCAUGGGCAACAAACUGAAUGCCAAGAUCUGUAGCCACAGCAAUUAUGUGCGGGAUCCGCUGAUGCAUGACAAGCAGUAUACCGAAUAUGGAGCCAACUAUGAGUGGCAGUAUGGCGAUCCAAAUAUUUUGCGCAAUCCAUCGCUCAACAUGAAAUCACAGUACAUGAAACCGUUCGAGCAGGGACAUUUGCGUUUUAUUAAACGCAAAAUAAAACCCAUUAGCAGCGUUACUCAGGACACCUUUGUGGAGAAAACAUUGCCAGUGGAUGUGGUUCCCAUACGCAAUGCCAUGCCAACGCCUGUGGAGGCCACCAAACUGAUUAUCGAUCGCUCCAAGAUUGGGUUUAGCAAGUACACAGAUCCCUCGGCCACCACCUACAAUCUGUCGUACGUUCGAUAUCCACCCAAUGAGCUAAUGGGUGGCAUAGCUGCCAACGAUAAUGUGACAUUCUGGAACUGGUCGGAAAAGUUUACGCCCGCGAAGAAGGUCGCCCGCUAUCCGGAUGCCACAAUGUGCGAUGACUUCCCGGCCAAGGACUGUCCCAAGCGUCGCUGCGAGUUCCAGAAUACAACCAAAUCGGUGCCACAUACGGGCAUGAGCACAGAAGUGCGCGAAAACUACACCGAUCCUCAGUUCCGCGCCAUGAAAUUCAAUGUGGAAGUGAAGCCCCUGAUGGUGUACGAGGCCAUUACACCGUUUGCCAAGAAGAGCGAGUAUGCCAUCUACGGUUCGGGCGAACCCGUGGUGAAAUAUGUUUAAGGCUCGAGACACUUAAAUUUAUGUUGACGAUUAAAGUUAUUGCUUUA